ACCAAUGCGCACACACACACACACACACACACAUAUGCACAGAGGGGCGCGCGCGCGCACAAACACAGCGGCUUAAAGGGGCUUCGUGUCCUAGUGUGAUUUUUUUUUUUUUAAACCCAGUUCUGAUUUCUUAUGGUCUGAAGAAGAAACAACUAUCUCCUGAAACUGAAAACCAGUUCGGAUAUAGACUCAAUGUGGUCAUAAAAAUACAAAGAACGCGGACCGACCCGGACAAAGCCAGCCGAGAAGAUGAGCGCGAGCACAACGGCGUCAUGUCGCUUCGCCCAUUACUUCGUGUUAUGUGGACUGGACAACGACACGGGCCUCGAGCCCGACGCCUUAGCGGCUUUGUACCAGUGGCUAGAGGCAGAUCGUCAGGGCAGAGACCCAGAGGCCGUGACGGCAGGCGAGAACUUUGACCAGAGUCCCCUAAAACGGACCUUCAAAUCCAAAGUGCUGGCUCACUACCCAGAGAACAUCGAAUGCAACCCUUUUGACCAGGAUGCCGUCAACAUGCUCUGCAUGCCUAAAGGUCUGUCGUUCCGCACUCAGAAGGACUCCCUGACCCCGAAGUUCCACUCGUUCCUAAUCACGCGUGAGGAUGGCUCUCGCACCUACGGCUUCGUACACACCUUCUACGAGGAGGUGACCAGCGCUCAGAUCCGCUCGGCCAUGCAGACGUUGCACCAGAUGCACCAAGCAGAGCACGCCUCAUCCCACACCUGCCCUUCAUCCUCCUCCUCCUCCUCAUCCUCCUCCAGUAUGGACUCGUUAACCAGCAGCUCGGACGAAGCGGAGUCUCUGUCCUCUGGCUGUUCUGUGAGUCGACGUUGUUGCAACUCUCAGAGCUACGACGCCGAGCAGGACACGCUCUACGUCUCUAAAGCACUGUGUCUGAUCACACCCAUGCCCUUCAUGCAUGCGUGUCGGCGCUUCCUGUCCCAGUUGCACAGGGCUGUUACGGCCCAGCAGCCUCCUCCUCUGCCUCUGGAGAGCUACGUACACAACGUACUGUAUGAAGUCCCACUUCCGCCUCCCGGACGCUCCUUAAAGUUCCACAGUGUUUACGAGCCCAUCGUGUGCCAGCGUCCAGGACCGGCCGAGCUCCCGCUGGCGGAUUUUCCCCUGGGCGAGGCGUUCCGGCUGCUGGGUGUUGAGAACCUGGUGCAGCUCUUUACCUGCGUCCUGCUCGAGAUGCAGGUUCUGCUUUACUCACAAGAUUAUCAGAGACUGAUGGUGGUAGCAGAGGGAAUCUCCACGCUCCUCUUCCCGUUCCAGUGGCAGCACGUGUACGUUCCCAUCCUCCCUGCUUCCCUGCUGCACUUUCUGGAUGCCCCUGUGCCCUACAUAAUGGGCUUACAGUCGAAAGAGGGCACAGACCGCUCCAAACUGGAACUGCCUCAAGAGGCGAACCUUUGCUUCGUGGACAUUGACAAUCAUUGCCUGGAACUGCCCGAGGAUUUCCCCCAGUUCCCCAACAAGGCCGAGUUUAUCCAGGAGCUGAGUGAGCUGCUGCAGAGCUAUGGCCUGUCUCUGGAGGGAGGCGCUUCCUCGCCCCUGCCUGCCACCACUCAGACCCGUGUGACUGGCACUGAAGCUCUGAGGAACUUGGUAGAUGACGGGAGGAACGGAAAUCUGCCGUUAGAUGUUGCGGACAUGCUGCAGGGAAACCCGACUCUGGAGCGCCUUCAGGCUUUAGCCAAGCGCACGGGGGUGAAGGUCGCUCGUCUGGAGGAGCUGGCAGCCGGGCAGAAGGCUUUAGGGGAGGAGAACACAGCGGUGUUGAGGACUGGCAUUGAGCAGGAAGAGCUGAGGAAUGCCAAGCUAAACGUGCAGCUCAGGGAGGUUUUUGCCGCUCGCUUUGUUGCGAUGUUUGCUGACUAUGAGGCAUUCGUCAUACAGAACUCGCCAGACCUGGAGUCCUGGCUCUCCAACCGGGAGCAGAUGCACAAUUUUGACAAGGCCUCUUUCCUAUCAGACCAGCCAGAGCCAUACCUGCCUUUUCUGUGCCGCUUCAUUGAGACCCAGAUGUUUGCCACCUUUAUUGACAACAAAAUCUUAUCCCAAUGGGAGGAAAAGGAGCCUCUGCUACGCGUGUUUGACGGACGCAUUGAGAAAGCCCGUCUCUACAACGUGCGUGCUCCCAGCCUGCGCUCCUCCGUCUACCAGAGGUGCAGCCUUCUCAACGAAUCCGCUCAGGCCAUCGAGCAGCGUCUGAUGAAAAUCGACCAUACAGCCAUCCAUCCUCACUUGUUGGAUAUGAAGAUUGGCCAGGGCAAAUACCAGCAGGGCUUCUUCCCCAAGCUACAGGCUGACGUGCUCGCCUCCGGCCCCACUAACAACAACAGGUGGUCUAAUCGCACCGGUACGGCUCAGAGACGGAGGGACUGGAACAGACAGCCCAACGAUCAUCUCGGCCUGGACAACGAUCUCAAAGAGCCGGUGGAGGGGUUUUCGUUGGUGCAGAGCUCUAAAGCUUCCCUGGAGCGUGUCAAGGCACCAAGCCCUCGCGCUAAACCACCCAAAAAGUCCUUCUCCACCUGCAGCCUGAAAUACAUGCAGGAGGCUCGAAGCCUGGGGAAAAAUCUGAGGCAACCCAAACUGUCUGACCUCUCACCUGCGGUCAUCGCUCAGACCAACUCCAAGUUUGUGGAAGGUUUACUGAAGGAGUGCAAAAUGAAGACUAAGAGGAUGUUGGUGGAGAAGAUGGGUCGAGAGGCCGUAGAGCUCGGCCACGGUGAGGCGAAUAUCACCGGGCUGGAGGAGAACACGCUCAUCGCUAGCCUGUGUGACCUGCUGGAGAGAAUAUGGAGCCACGGCCUGCAGGUCAAACAGGGGAAGUCUGCAUUAUGGUCCCAUUUAAGGCAUUACCAGGACACAGUGGAGAAGAUGGAGCAGCAGCAGAUUGACUCAUCAGCGUCUAAUGGACAAGACAAACGGAAGUCGGAGUUGUCCAUCGGGCUGCCGGUGCUGCGCGUGUCAGUCGUACAGGACAUGAGACACAUUCAGAACAUGGGGGAGAUCAAGACUGAUGUAGGGAGAGCGCGAGCCUGGAUUCGUCUCUCCCUGGAGAAGAAGCUGCUGUCCCAACACCUCAAACAGUUGCUUUCUAACCAAGCUAUUACCAAGAAGUUGUAUAAGCGAUAUGCCUUCCUGCGGUGUGAAGAAGAGAAAGAGCAGUUUCUUUUCCAUCUGCUGAGUCUGAACACAGUGGACUACUUCUGCUUCACCAGCGUCUUUACCACCAUCAUGAUUCCGUACCGUGCCGUCAUCAUCCCCAUCAAGAAGCUGAGUAAUGCCAUGACCACAUCAAAUCCCUGGGUGUGCGUGUCAGGUGAACUAGGAGACUCGGGCGUCAUGCAGAUCCCGAAGAACGUUCUGGAGAUGACGUUUGAUUCUGCCUUUAGGGCUCACACGCACCUCUCCAUCCCCUUCAAGUGUCAGAACCUGGGGAAACUGACCACUGUGCAGCUGGGACACGAUAACGCUGGGCUCCUGGCCAAGUGGCUGGUGGACUGUGUGAUGGUUCGCAACGAGAUUACAGGACACACGUACAAAUUUCCUUGUGGUCGGUGGUUGGGGAAAGGUGUAGACGACGGCAGUCUCGAGCGAAUCCUGAUCGGUGAAUUGGUGUCUCCGUGCAGCGAGGAGGAAGCGGGGCGUGGUUCGAAGACUCCGCCCCCUCAGCGCUCACCCUCACAAAUCCGUCGUAUCAGCAUCAGCUCCAUCACAGGCCGAGGCAACAAACCAACGGCUGAUCAGAUACAGGAAGCUAUCAGUGAAGCCGUAAACAACAUCGUGAAACAUUUCCACAAACCAGAGAAAGAGAGAGGGAGUCUGACGGUUCUGCUGUGUGGAGAAGGAGGUCUGGUGGGAGCUCUGGAGCAGUUCUUCUACCACGGCUUCCGCACAGCUCGUCUCUUUCAGAAAAGUGUCUUUCUCUGGGACUUCAUAGAGAAGACGGUGUCGUACAUGGAGAGUUCGGAUCAGAUGGGUGAUCUGCAGCGACUUGCCGAACCCAUCGGUUCGAUCCGCAACUCUCUCUGCCGCUACGCCAAUGCUAUCAACAAUACGUCUCGCAACUUGGGCAAAGAUGGCAAAUUCCAACUUCUGAUCUGCCUCGGGACAAGAGAUCGAUUGCUGCCUCACUGGCUCCCUCUGCUGAUCGAGUGUCCCAUCAUCAUGCGUAUGUACGAGGAGACUGCGCUACUGCGUGACAAUCUCGCCGUCAACUCUCUCAUCAGCGUCCUGCAGUCUCUGUACGACUUCCGCAUAACUCUAGAGACUUCCCUCACAAAAGGGGUGGAGCUAUAGCCACGCUUAUAAUUUGUCUCCUUCUCCACCUCGACCUCCUGAUCCUUCUGCCUCUGCUCUUGCCGCCGCUGCUGCUGUCCCUGCUGCUUUCCGGGAGCACGAAACAAAAACAUGCUCCAGAACUGACACAGCGUUUAAACAGCUGCUCUCAAAGCUGAAAACAAAUCGGGGUUCAUGCAGAAGGGAGAAAAGCGGUUUGGAGCUAAAGAAUCCUGUCGCUGGUGUUUGAACUGCUCCGAGUUUUUCACUUUAUCGAAGAAGAACCUUCUAGUUUGGGUCAGUUUCUGAUUCUUUAUUGCUGUUGGACCGUCUGUUUUUUGCGUUCAUCCCUCGGACAGCCUGCCAUCUUGGGUGCCCAUUUUCAAAAAAAAAACAUAAAAGGAAUUCACUGAAAAAAAGUGUUAAUGGCUUUGCAGAGAUUUAGUAUUAACAGGCUUCAGCCUCCUUCACUAGAAGCCAAAUCACAACCGCAUUAAAGCAGUGAACAACCAGCACACAGCAGACUGGAUAAUCACCUUGACUGCUCGAGUCAAACCCGCCCCAGAACCCAAGAUCAGAAAACAUUCCAGCAUCACGAAGCUAGAUCACGUGAAGAGAAUUCUAGAGGAGGAGGUUUAUUAUUAUUUUGCCUAUCAGUAUUAACUCACGUUCUGUUGGACGAAUUACGCAGACUUUUAUAUUUAUCAGAAAACACUGGAAAGGGGAAAAAAGAAAGAAAAAAGCAAUAACACAUAAUUUCCUGCUCACAUAAGGACAAAUAUUUGACCACUUAAAUGACCAGCUUUUUUCUUACCAUGUGCUUUUUUUUCCACCUUUUGAGCCAAUAUUAAAGUUAACAAGCUGUUUGUCCUGCUGUAAUUUUGUUUUUCCGUUUUUCACAGCUUCCUGUUUUGGGGCUUCAAAGCAAAAUAUAUAUUCUCACACACACACGGUGUAAGAUCUGUAAUAAGAGAUGGACAUUAAUGAUAUCCAUGGAUGGGCUACAGGAGUCUGAGUUAAGCUAGUUAUUAUAAAAUCAUUUGUUCUACCAUCUGAACUCAUUAUACAGUGUUUGAUUUUCCGUUUUUUCACCUGUGUAGGAUGCAUGUGUGACUUUUUUGGGUUUUUUUUAAUUCAGGUUCACUUCUGUGUAAUAUUUAUUUAUUUUUAAAAGUUUGUGACACUGGUUGAAGAAUGUAUAGGGCUUGGAAAUAAGGGCGGUUUUGUUCAUUUAGUAAUUUUUAUUUUAUUUUAUUUUUUUUUUAGAAUUUCACUUUUUAGCAAAAUGUUUCCCGAAGGUCUGUCUCAUGGUUGGAUCAGGAAUCUGUCACGAUGGACAUCACGUGUUCAUUAGGAGUGAGAAAUGACUGUGUUUGUUUACGAAGAAAUGAUGUAGAUUGUAAAUAAAUUACAUUUUGCUAAAAAGUGUUCAUUUCCCAUAUUAUGUUCUAAUGAAUCACUUCCUGUUCUGUAUUUGUCGGCUCGGUGUGGUUGGUUCUGACUCUGUGUGUAAUAUUAAUAUGAAUUUGACCCGUGUAAAAUUUAAUGAACAUGUUUGUUUCCUGUAAAAAGGCAUUGAAGCAGCUGGCAAACAUGAUAACACUGGAUCAUUCCCUUUUGCCUUUAAUGCUACUGCAUGCUGGAGCUGGGAAUUUUAGUUGGGGAUUAUUUAGCUCAACUUUAGGUUCAUAUCUGUCCUGAUUUAAACCUCUACCAGGAUCUUAACCACUUUGUAGGACUGUUUGUUUUCCUUCCUGAUGAUUGCGAUGAUUGUGAACGCUUCAUAAUGGAGUUGAUUUUUCCAUCUUUCAGGAAGCAAGUGCUGUCAUCUUCAUGUUUAUGGAACCUUUCAUUAAAAUCACUGUGUUUAUGGUA